UGACCAUACUCCAGGAACGGGGGUCCCGUAGGACUCCUCGGGUGAAUGCAAGGAUCCAAUCCAUAGAGCCGAAGAAGUGGGAUGGUUGAAAAGAGUCUUGGGGUGAUCUAGAAAAUCCUCCGGUUUUGUCGGUGCUGUUCCAAGAGGCGCAUUCCUCCUGAAAACAAGAUGAUGUCUGCCAUAGACGCGGGUGCGCCUGUGUACCAACCAGCACAGCUGCUGAACUGGGUCUACAUGUCUCUGCAGGACACUCAGACCAGUACUUUCGAUGCGUUCAGACCCGAGUCGGAGAGUUCUCCUCAGGACCUCAACAACAGCAAGCGCAGCGCAGCUGAGCUGAGCUCUGCGCUCAGCUCCAACUAUCUCAACAACUUCUUGCAUCUGAGGAGUGAGGCCUUGAACAACAAUUUCUACAAGAGCUCCUCACCAUACGGCUCGCUCAACAAUAUCGUGGAGGGCCUCAGCUCUUUGACGGACCAUUUCUCAGACCUCUCCCUGUCCUCGGAGACACGCAAGCCCAGCAAACGGCCACCACCCAACUACCUGUGCCAUCUUUGCUUCAACAAAGGACACUACAUCAAAGACUGCCCUCAGGCUCGACCCAAAGGGGAAGGCCUGACCCCAUAUCAGGGAAAGAAGAGGUGCUUUGGUGAAUACAAAUGCCCCAAAUGCAAGCGGAAGUGGAUGAGCGGGAACUCGUGGGCCAACAUGGGACAAGAGUGUAUUAAGUGCCACAUCAACGUUUACCCUCACAAGCAGCGCCCUCUGGAGAAACCCGAUGGCCUGGAUGUGUCCGACCAGAGCAAGGAGCAUCCGCAGCACCUGUGUGAAAAAUGCAAAGUCCUCGGCUACUAUUGCCGCCGCGUGCAAUAACACUCAGUGCCCACCUUACACUCCGUAAAUACUCCUCCAAAGUCAUCAUAGCUAUAUUUUAGUUACUAAAAAAGACCUGAUAAUAAACUGUAUUUUACUGUAACACAUCUAACCAUUUUUUAUGUUCAUAAUGUAUGCUUUAUUACAGUAUGACUCAGUAUUAGAGCUUCACUGUGGUGGAAAUCUGCAUUGCCUCUCAGUGGAGACUAGUACUGUACUUUAUCUUUGCUGGGUUCCUUUGACUCCUCCUGUCGGACCCUUACCUUUAUCUGAGUAUUCAUCUGAAGUCUUAACUAUGAACAGUGAACCUUACCAACUGUGAAUUAAGAAAAUGUGGAUCUGUCACUAUCUUAUCUCAUGUCUGACAUGUUUGAACAAAGUUCUGCGUAUCGUUUUCCUUUUUUUUUUUUUUUUUUCAUGUAAUGAGUUACGUUUUGAGACGGACACUGUCUUUUUACGUUUGUAUAUUCCAGAAAUAACUUAAGUAUAAGUUGUGCACGAUAUUUUCUGUAUAAAAUAUGCAACAAAUCUUUACUAAGGAGGGUAUAUUAAUGUGUAUCUGUAUUAUUAUCAGUACUGGAUGGUACAUAUUUUUUGAAUAUAUUUUAAAGCCAUUACUGUUUUGUUGGUUAUUACACUAUGUGAAGGAAUAAGUUAGCUUACUAACAGUUAUUCUUUAUACACUAUGUGCCUGCUCUGUUUGGGAAAACAUCUUUCAGGUCGUUUGUUACUGCAGUAUGGUAGCAUUAUUGUUAUUGUUGACAAAUAUGAACAAUGUUUAUACAUUUCAGCUAUUUUUUUCAGCACCCAGUGCUGUAGUAGCAUAAGCCAAAAAAGGAUGGAUAAAAAUCUGAAUGUACAAUUUGAUAAUUCAUAAACAAUAAUGGGAAAGUUUGCAUGUAUAUUCUGUUUUUAGAGGGUUCUCCUCUGACAAACUUUGUUUAUAAUAAAAAGGGGAAAUGUAACAGAAAUACCCAAAGAUGUACAACUCUUGGUGUUUGUGAUUGUCAAACACCUCUUUAUGUGCCUUGGUUGGAGUAACCCAGGAAAUUUCUUGGUGUAUUUGUAUUAAGAUGUAUUAAAACAUUUUGUUUCCG